GAGACAUGUCGGACGAGGAACACCAUUUUGAGUCCAAGGCUGAUGCCGGAGCCUCCAAGACCUAUCCUCAGCAAGCUGGCACUAUUCGCAAAAACGGUUACAUCGUCAUCAAGGAUCGCCCCUGCAAGGUUGUUGAAGUUUCAACUUUCAAGACUGGUAAGCAUGGUCAUGCUAAGUGCCACUUUGUUGGAAUUGAUAUUUUCACUGGCAAGAAGCUUGAAGAUAUUGUGCCCUCUUCCCACAACUGUGAUGUUCCCCGUGUGAAUCGUAUUGACUACCAGUUAAUUGAUAUUUCUGAGGAUGGAUUUGUGAGCCUGCUAACUGAUAAUGGUGGCACCAAGGAUGACCUGAGGCUUCCAACUGAUGAGAGUCUGCUUACUCAGCUUCAAAGAAUCAACUUCUUCGUUCUGUCUUUGAUGGAAUAA